UUUACCUAUAGUAGUAAGGCGUACUUUUCGUUACGGCAAGUUUAGUGAAAAUGCAUGGAGCUCUAUCGCAGCAAUGUUGGAAGUGCCCAAAAAGUAAGUUUAAAGUUUAUAUACACAUAUAUUUUUGUGUGCCAAAAUCUAUUAUUUAUUAUAAUUUAAAAACAUGAAAUCCAAUAAUUCUAUAUGCUUUGUUAAAAUGUGUACAUUAUUAACUGUAUCAGGAAAAAUAUUUAAAAACAACACAUUUAACAUUUUUACCAUUUAUAUGCACUUGCUGUUUUAUUUUAGUAAAACUAUACAGAACACAUUUUACUUUUAUUAAUAUGUAAUUUGUUACUAACUUUUAUGUGGUCCUUUAGGUGGUUUAGACAUUUCUAUAUUUUUGCUGGGCCAGCAUCGUCUAUUGUUCUCUGUUUAAUCUUUUAUAGAUAUUUCUGCAAUGGAAAUUUACCUAAAGUUGUAUUGCUAUUAUUAGAUGCUUUAUUAGGACCAUCAAGGAAACCCUUAGUAUCAGCAGAAGAUGUGAUAUUAACUAUUCUCGUAUGUAAUAUACAUUAUUGGAAAAGAGCAUAUGAAGUAUGUUAUGUUAAUGUAUUUAGUGAUCAAAAAAUCCAUAUAAGCCAUUAUUUGAUUGGCUUUGUGCAUUACAUAGGUGUAUUUUUAUGUAUAAUUGGCGAAUCUGAAGGAUUUGUUCAAGGUUCUUUGCCUAAAAGUGUAUCCUUACACAAAUUAACAGUUUUGAAAAUAAGUUGCGCGCUUAUAUUGUUAUGGUCGUCAUAUAUGCAGUUCAAAAGUAAUGUUAUUCUUGCGAAUUUGCGUAAAAACAAGCAAGGAACUGUUAUAUCUUAUGACCAUAAAAUAUCACACGACGGACUAUUUAAAUACAUAUCGGGUCCAUUGCAACUCACAGAAAUAAUUGUGUACAUCAUGUUAUCUGCAAUUCUUUGGCAAGCUUCUACAUUCCAUUAUAUCACACUUUGGGUUUUAAGUAAUCAAAUAGAAACUGCAUUUUUGACUCAUCAGUGGUAUCAUAAAACUUUCAAGAAUUAUCCAAAAGAAAGAAAAAUUUUAAUUCCUUUUAUUUGGUAAGAUAUAUAUUUGUUGUAUAAAAUUAGGUAGAAAUGAAUGCUUAUUUGUUUAUGGAAAGAAACAAUUGUAUUUAACUAUGUACCAAAUAAUACUUAAUAAAAUAUUAU